CUCAAAGAAGCAGCGCUCUUUUUGACAUUGACAACCGUUGUUUCUUCUUCAUUGUUCGGCUGUGAUGAUGGGGUCGUCAUGGUAGAGGUUUAAUUGUUCUGUGUGAAACAACGAUGUUCUGGGUUUUUAUGCGGCUGUCUUGCUGGUGAUGAGUGUGAUGAGAGCCAAAGACAGACUUAGCAGGUUAGUUAGUUUAUGGAUGAUACCAACAGUCCCAUCGUCUAUUAUGCAAGAUUCCUCGCUCUCGGGCUACAAGGAUGAUUGAAAUGAUCCACAGAGGUUACAUUCCGGCGCCCAUGAUGGAUUGGAUUGCUGUGGAACAGUUUCUUGAUGGUUUGAUAGCGGACAAACAAUGAUGCCGGUGACGCCCAAGCAGCCAAAGCGCUGCAGUCAUCAGGCUUUUUCAAAGCCGGGAACAAAGUGGAAAAACCAGUUUGGAGCAAGUGUGCGAUGUCAGUGUCAUUCCAAAAGAUUUCAUUCCGUUACCACCGUUGGAAAAAGAGUUGUCAACGCACCACAACAAUGGUUGCUGUUCGUCGGGUCCUCACCAAAAACAACCGUACCCGGUACAUUCCGAAGGACUGAUCUCUCGCUUCACUGAACAGAGGUCCACUUCUUGGUCCUCACAACACAAAAAGCAGAGCUGAUCCAUCUGGCCAGCCCUAAUAAUAGAAGCUGUCGUUCCCAAAAGUUUGUACCAGGAAGCUGCGAGAAUACAUACAAAAUGACCACACAAGAAGAACUUGCUAGUACCUCCUGGGCUGAAUUCCAGACGCGAUACAGCCCAAGCGUUUCGGACGAGGCAAUCUUUCGUCGAACUCUGCCCACUCGAUACCGUAGGGCCAUUGCCAAAGAGCUAGAAGCUGCCGUUUUCUAUGCUUCGAAAUCGGUUACGGUGAUGCAAAUCUUUGCGUGCGAUGAAGGAUGCCCGCACAUCCAAUUCACGGUACGUAGAUGCCGUGUUACAAGGCAUCCAUCGAAGCAUUCAACAUUAUGGUCGUGAUGGCUGGACACUCCAAAAGCUGCAAAUCCAGAGUUACUUUGAACUCAACCGCGCCCAGAUGGAUAAGCUCCUGUGGGUGGCCCCAAAGGAGUUGGAGCUGUGCAUACAUGCACAUUUGGAAGAAGAGGAGCCAGAGCAGGGGGGAACCUGUACUCGCGAUUGGUCCAUGUGCGGUCUACAGACACUCAGCUUUGACUAUUACAGUGAGCUAGAUGAUGCUGCCUUUGUUGCCUUGCUGGAGACUCUCAGCAAACUGUCAUCUUUGCAGUCACUCAGCUUGAAUGCUUGUCCAGAAGGCGAGGAACCGUUGGAAGAUAUCGAAGGAGUGGGAUUCAACAGAGAGAAAAUCACCGGCCCAUUGGUGCAAGUCCUUGAAAACAACCCGAACAUUCAUUACCUUCAACUAUGCACGUUCCUUCCGGAAGCAGGACCCUUCUGCGAUCAGUUGCAGCGGUGCAACAAUCUGAAGAAAAUACACUUGAAACAGCUCAAAAGUGUAGAGGAAGGCGGAGACUUGCGCUAUUUUGAGCUACUUUUUGCGGCUCUGUCAAGCAAGGACCUCAUAGUGGACGAGUUGAAAUAUGAAUACAUGGACUCUGACGAAACCAACGAAACCCCCUGGGGUCCCUCUGGAGUUAUGUAUCCCAUUGCCCUAAACAAAGGGGGCCUUCGUCAAAAGAUGGUUGACGAGUCCAUUAAUAGCAAGGAGCUCUUUAAUAUGUUGACUCCGCUCUGCAGCAGUGAGGCAGAAAGAGAAACAAGGCGUGCAGCAAUGAUGGAGAUGGUUAGCAGCGAGUUGGCUGAUUACGACAGAGCAAAGAAGGAGCACGCAUUGGGAAAUUCGGACCAUCGAUUGUUGUUUCAAGCAAGUUUUACUAGUGGUAUGAUGGUGCCUUAUGUUGCAAGCAGGUACGGAAACAAGCCAAUGCAAGACUUGAAGGAUACUUGCAUGAUCUAUGGACUGUUGCGUCAGUCACCUGCUAUCUGGCUGAAGAUGGCAAACAACGAUCAAGAGGAGGAUGCCAAGCCAAAAGCAAGGAAGUGUCCAGCAACGCAAGGUAAGGCCGGCCCAACCAGAAAGAAACCAAAGCAGUCAACAACGUAGCAAAGUGAGGAGACGUGUCGAUUCUUGGUUUCAGUUGCCAUUGAUGUUUGGUGUACAUUUGCUUACGGCAGCACCCCUUGGCUGAACACUCCCACAAGUGCUAAGAUUAGAUACAUGACGCUUAAUACCGCUUACCUACCUACUCUAGAUUGAAAAUGGCGUGCUGGCUAGAGUCCCCGCAAUGGAUUAGCAUGGAGAGUGGC